AUGGCUCCGCCUACGGUGGACCGGAGCGGCGGAGGCGAAUCGACGGCGAACGGCGACGCGCCGCGGUCCAUCCCGACGCCGUUCCUGACAAAAACUUAUCAGCUCGUGGAUGACCGAUCCAUCGAUGACAUCAUAUCAUGGAAUGAUGACGGAUCUGCUUUCAUCGUCUGGAACCCGACGGAGUUCGCCCGCGAUUUGCUCCCCAAAUACUUCAAGCACAACAAUUUCUCCAGUUUCGUUCGCCAGCUCAACACUUACGGAUUUAGGAAGGUUAUGCCCGAUCGAUGGGAGUUCUCGAAUGAGUGCUUCCGGAGGGGCGAGAAGAAGCUUCUCUGCGACAUUCAGCGCCGGAAAAUCACCGCGCCUCCGUCCGCCACGGCGGCACCGACGACGUCUCCGCCGCCGUUGGCGGCGACUCCAUUGAAGGCAGUGUCACCGUCUGAUUCCGGUGAGGAGCAGGUGAUCUCCUCCUCCAAUUCGCCGGCGAUCGGGCGGGAAUUAGGCGGCGGCACGGCGGAGCUGUUGGGGGAGAACGAGAGGUUGAGGAAGGAAAACGUGCAGCUCAACAGGGAGUUGAGCCAGAUGAAGAGCCUGUGCAACAGUAUCUACGUUUUGAUGUCGAACUACGCCGGCAGCGGUAUGGGUAACGGCGGCGGCGGCGGAGGGUCAGAUCCGGCGGUUCGGCCGUUAGAUCUGCUGCCGAUGACGAGGUUCUGCGAGGAGAUGCAGACCGCGGUGGCGGAGGCGGGGGGCGACGAGGGUUGGAGAUGA